AUUCACAAAGUCAGCUGUGGCUUAUUGUCUCAAGUGACCAAUAGGAGAGGAGAUGGUUAAGACCCCAGCCUCCAACUCCGAUUGAUUAGGAAAACCUGUGUGGGACAAGAUCAGAGUUGAGAUUGGGAAGUGUUGGGGAGUUUCUAGCUCAUUCUAAAAGCCUAAUUGAUGGAACUCACACAAGAACUGCACACAUUUCAGCACAGGCUGAUGUUGGGACGCACAAUCUGAAGCUUAGAGAUCUACUUUGGUUUGCUCAUUUUUACAAGAACAUCCUGGCAUGGAGCUACUGGUCGCCGGUUAUUGAUUACCAAACCAGCAGUCUCAACGCUUUCUUGUUUGAACUCUAAAGAACUUUUUGUGGGAAGAUGACGGAGAGACCGCAGAGCCCGACUGGAGCAGACUGCAGGCCCUACGAGGUCAACAGGGCCAUGUAUCCUCAAGCCCCGGGCCUGGAUGGACUUGGCGGCGCGUCCUUGCAGUUCGCGCACGGCAUGCUUCAGGAUCCAAGCCUGCUUUUUAACAAAGCCCAUUUCAACGGAAUCAGCCCAGCGACACACCAAACCUUCUUCCCAUUUUCUGGCGAUUUUAAAACGAACGAUUUGCAAGGUAGUGAUUUUGCGCAACCCAAACACUGGUACCCGUUUGCUGCCCCCGAGUUCACCGGGCAGGUGGCGGGGGCGACGGCAGCAACUCAACCAGCCAACAUCAGCCCACCUAUCGCUGAAACCAGGGAACAAAUCAAGAUGCCAUCUGAGGUAAAAACAGAGAAAGAUGUUGAUGAAUACGGCAACGAUGAAAACAAGCCGUCAUCACAAUACCAUAUCACUCCCGGGACAUCAUCCGUGCCCACCGGGGUGAAUUAUUACACACCCUGGAACCCUUCGUUUUGGCCUGGACUGUCUCACAUCACGGCCUCCGCUAAUAUUUCUCAAGCUCCCCCGACUCCCUCUGCAUCAUCCCCCUCUCUGUCUCCAUCUCCACCCGGAAAUGGGUUCGGAAGCCCGGGAUUUUUCAACGGAGGCUCCGCGCCAAACAACCUCUCGGGUCAGGCGCAAAGCGCAGCCAGGAGCAGCGGGUCCUCAAGUGGAGGCUGCAGUGAUUCUGAGGAGGAGGAGAAUCUGACCACAGAAGACUUGGAGCAGUUUGCUAAAGAGCUCAAACACAAGCGCAUCACUCUGGGCUUCACGCAGGCAGACGUGGGACUCGCGCUCGGAAACUUGUAUGGCAAAAUGUUCAGUCAGACGACUAUCUGCCGCUUUGAGGCUCUCCAACUUAGUUUCAAAAACAUGUGUAAACUGAAGCCGCUGCUGCAGAGGUGGUUGAAUGAGGCCGAGAAUUCCGAAAACCCUCAGGAUAUGUACAAAAUUGAACGGGUGUUUGUUGACACAAGAAAAAGAAAGCGAAGGACCAGUUUGGAAGGUACUGUCCGUUCUGCUCUGGAGUCGUACUUUGUGAAGUGCCCCAAACCCAACACUCUCGAGAUCACACACAUAUCUGACGACCUAGGCCUGGAGAGAGAUGUAGUACGUGUGUGGUUCUGCAACCGUAGACAAAAGGGAAAGCGUCUAGCAUUGCCCUUUGAUGACGAAUGUGCCGAAGUACAGUAUUAUGAGCAGAGUCCACCACCUCUGCCCCACAUGGGUGGCACAGCCCACCCAGGGCAAGGCUAUCCUGGACCAGGCCAUCCCGGAGGAGCCCCUGCCCUAUACAUGCCAUCCCUCCACCGACCGGAUGUCUUUAAAAACACCCUACAUCCUGGACUGGUGGGUCACCUCACCAGCUAACCGGCUACAGAUGCCUGCUAAAAGUUUAUAUAAAUGCUCCAAGCCAAGCUAUGGAUCAAAUCAGUCAUACGAUUUAUUUUAUGCAAACAAUGCAUCUGUUUAUUUGGUUCUUUCCAUAAAUUCUGUACAUGGACACUCUAAUUGUAUAGUGUCUGGUUUAGACUUGACCAUGCACACUUGCAGCCUGAUGGAUCUUUGUAUAAUCGGUGCUUUGUUGAAUGCGUUUGCACAUGGAGUCAUAGGUUCAGAUGAUUUUUAUAGUUGUUUUUAUGACUUUUUGCUCAUGUAUCAAUUUUUAUGUACUUACGUUUGUCUUUUAUUCAAUAGUUGGUGAUUUCUAAAGUAUAUUUCCAUACGUCUCCAUACUUUGUAGUUUUUCUCAUCACCUUUCUAUGUGAACGGGCAGCAAAUUCAUGACCUCAUGAGCUUGUAUUUUGACUAAUUGCUUUACUUUUUAAAGAGAUGGAUUUUUAUUAGAAUUUGGAGGAGACCUUUUUCAGAUGGUCCACAAAGAACAUUAGUCACUGUUCUUUUGCUCUAAAUAUUUGCACUCUCCCAUCUCCAGUUGAAAAUAAUUGUGUAGUAUCUCUUUAUCAGGGUGACUAUAAAUGAAAUUUGCUGCCAGUUUGAAAGCCUCGGUGUGGAGGUCAUGUGCCUUAUCUUUUGGUGUUUGUAUCAUGCAUGCUCAUCCCGGUGCAAUGUAAAUGAAAGCCAUAUCUGAUAAUUUAUUGAAACUCUGCUCUUCAGUCAACACAAUAUCUUCUGGGUAGCAAUUAAACCAUUUCCAUUAACAUUCA